GGAGGAGGAAGGAGGGAGGCAGCGCUCGGGCGGCUCCGCGGCCCGCACUCCGGGACCCGGAGCCGGGAAGUUAAAUAAUGGCAGACACAAGUCUGUUGGAGGCUGGAGCCUCUGCAGCCUCAACAGCUGCUGCUUUGGAGAAUCUGCAGGUGGAAGCGAGCUGCUCGGUGUGCCUGGAGUAUCUGAAGGAGCCUGUUAUCAUUGAAUGUGGGCAUAACUUCUGCAAAGCUUGCAUUACCCGCUGGUGGGAGGACCUAGAGAGGGACUUUCCUUGUCCUGUCUGUCGGAAGACAUCCCGUUACCGAAGUCUCCGGCCUAAUCGGCAAUUAGGCAGUAUGGUGGAAAUUGCCAAGCAACUCCAGGCAGUCAAACGGAAGAUCAGGGAUGAGAGCCUCUGUCCUCAGCACCAUGAGGCCCUCAGCCUCUUCUGCUAUGAAGACCAGGAAGCUGUAUGUCUGAUAUGUGCAAUUUCCCACACCCACCGAGCCCAUACUGUCGUGCCACUGGAUGACGCUACACAGGAAUACAAGGAAAAACUGCAGAAGUGCCUAGAGCCCCUGGAACAGAAGAUAGAUGAGAUCACCUUGUGCAAAUCCUCUGAAGAGAAAAAGCCUGGGGAGCUCAAGAGACUAGUGGAGAGUCGCCGGCAGCAAAUCUUAAAGGAAUUUGAAGAGCUUCAUAGGCGGUUAGAUGAGGAGCAGCAAUCGCUGCUUUCACGACUGGAGGAGGAGGAGCAGGACAUUCUACAGAGACUGAGAGAAAAUGCUGCUCACCUUGGAGACAAGCGCCGGGACCUGGCCCACUUGGCUGCUGAGGUGGAGGGCAAAUGCUUACAGUCAGGCUUCGAGAUGCUUAAGGAUGUCAAAAGCACCCUGGAAAAAUGUGAGAAGGUAAAGACCUUGAGAGUGACUUCAGUAUCUAUAGAGCUGGAAAAGAACUUCAGCCAUUUUCCCCGACAGUACUUUGCCUUAAGGAAAAUUCUUAAACAGCUAAUUGUGGAUGUGACCCUGGACCCUGAGACUGCUCAUCCUAACCUAGUCUUGUCAGAAGAUCGCAAGAGUGUCAAGUUUGUGGAGACAAGACUUCGAGACCUCCCCGACACACCACGGCGUUUCACCUUCUACCCUUGCGUCUUGGCUACUGAAGGCUUCACCUCAGGUCGACACUACUGGGAGGUAGAAGUGGGUGACAAGACUCAUUGGGCCGUAGGAGUAUGUCGGGACUCUGUGAGCCGAAAGGGCGAGUUGACUCCACUCCCUGAGACUGGCUACUGGCGGGUACGGCUAUGGAAUGGGGACAAGUAUGCCGCUACCACCACACCUUUUACCCCUUUGCAUAUCAAGGUGAAACCCAAGCGGGUGGGUAUUUUCCUAGACUAUGAGGCUGGAACGCUGUCUUUUUACAACGUCACAGACCGCUCGCAUAUCUACACCUUCACAGAUACUUUUACUGAAAAACUUUGGCCCCUCUUCUACCCAGGCAUCCGGGCUGGUCGGAAGAAUGCUGCACCACUUACCAUCAGACCCCCAACAGAUUGGGAGUGACAGGUUGGGAUGUGGCUUGAUCGGGGUAAGGCAGGGUCAAAAGUGAUGGGCCUUCCUUCCAGUGGCCUGCUGGAAUGUCUUGAUGUCUGCCUGGUUCCAGUCCUGAGCCAUCUUGAGAAACCCUUUGUUCUCUAGGAUGGUUUGUGUGGAGGAGUAGAGGUAUAGGACUGGGCUGCAUGACAGAGCACAGCUGCGGCUCCCUCACUGUUGGAAGGAGAGCAUGCUCCCAGGGGAUUGUAAUCUCCGGUGUUCAUCAGGUUUCCUUUUGCACAAGGACAGGUUAGGAACGAGAGAGGCUUUUCCAGAAACAAAAAGUCUAUGGGAGGGUCUAACUGACUCAGCCCAUAAGAGGAGACAAACUUUAAGGGCUUCUGUGACCAGAAUAGUCUUGUUCCUUGAGAGAUCACAGGGACCAGUAUACCUCUAUUGUGAAAAGAGACGGACUAUGCUGAAGAGUUGCUGUUACGGAUUUAGAAGUUGAGUUUUUCGGAGAGCAGAGAUUGAGCAUUACUUUUAGAAGGAAGAUCAGGGAAGAGGCUAAAGGAACACAUCCAUAUCAACUAAUAAUAAAGAAGAGGGAGAUUUGUGUCUAUUCUCAGGGUAAUGUUGCCAUUACCCAUAGGAUUGCUCAGAGGUCAGAAUGUGGGGAGAAGGAAAAGGUGGAAAGAAAGGAGAGCCCAGGUUCCUGCCUUGACCUUCAGCAAAGACAGCUUAUUCCUGCCUCCUGCAAUUAGUUGUCUUCAAGAAGUUACUCAUCUUCUCCCAGAAGGUGAGAGGGAAGUAAUCCUAUGAGACCCAUCUGCCCUUCCUCUGUUUUCUUAAGGGAACUUGGGGAGGAGUCAGGUAUUUGAGGAAAGAGAAAGGUGUAUCUAUCCAAAGCCCUGGCCUUAAAGAAUGUUACUAAGUAGCUAUUUCCAAGUGAUCAGCCUUGUCCCCUGGCUCAGGUGUCCAAGUCAGAAAGGAAGAAAGGUAACAAUGGAGUCUUUUCUCAUCCAGAGGACAGGGUAUAAGAGGGUGGUAUGUGUAUCAGAGAGCCAGAUAGGCAGCUUCCUCGGCCUUGUGCAUCUGGCCCAGAACUAGUGUUCACAACAGCCGGUAGCUUGUCUGUUGUCAACCUUCACCCUUUGAUAGUCCCCUUUUCAAAGAAUGUAAACCAUUUCAAUGUUAGGCCAAAAUAAAUAACCCAUAGGGUACAUAUGUUGUCACAAAAGGUAAAGUGAUGCAUGCCAAACCAAACUAAAAACAACCCGGAUUAUCUGCUGCUUGGGUAAUUUCCACAUAAAACUGAGACAAGAAACUGCAGUCUAUUGAGGACAUUUCAGUUCCUCCUACCACCUCAGCAGGACUUUGUCCACUCUCCUCCUCUUACCUUUGUGCCUUGACUGUGGUUCUUUGUGGCAAAAUACUUCGGUUGGUAAAAAUAUGGAACAAAGGAUCCACUGAAGUGAUCUCUGUGUUGUGUGAUAAUUUGGCAAUGGCCUUAUGUUGAUGUGUAAAGAAUCACUGGGUAUGAAAAAUACAUGUUUCUAGAUCUCA